CGAUGACGCUGGAGGACGUACCACAGCAACAUACUGAGACGCUUAAGUGUAACUUAUCAUGCAGCUUCUUAUUCAGUUAAGUCCAGCAUCCUGCUUUAAGGACGACACAUUGUCAUUGCUUUAAGAAAACGUAUACAGCAAUGAUUCGUGUGUGGAUGUUGACGUGGCCGGUGACGGAGCAGGAAAGGUCACAACAGGACGAGGAGAAGAAGUCCAUAUACUUUGACUUGAAGGCGAAAAGAUCGAAAUCCUUUCACACCCUGAAAGCUUACUUUUCAAAUCUAGGUUCUGCUUUCAAACAUCCGCAAAAAUCUUCAGAAAAUGAAGCAGAUAAUAUGAUUGAAACCCAGGUGGGUGAAGAACUGGAGGAGCUAGAGGCAGAGCCUGUGGAGGUGAAGCGAGAGGUUCCAGUGACGAACGUUAAUGUCCACAAAAUGAUAGAAGACCUCCAGUCAGAGAAGGCAGAGACUGUGUUGACGGUCGAAUCCCCGCCACCACAGAUCGACCCUGUUCAAGGUGAGGACGUGGUUGAGGAAGAACCAACGCCUAACGUGGAACCCAUCGCAGAGAUUCACCUGGAAGAAAAGGAGACGACAAAAGCAGAACCUGUCCAGGAGGUUGAGGAGGAGGAGGAACCAGCGAAGAUAGAAGAGGAAGACGUAGAGACUAUAUCUGUGUUUGACAUGGUUAAAGGGUUUGAGCACAUCAAGAGAGAUCCCAGUGUCAAGAAGGUGCCCAAAGAGUUCCGGAAGAGAACAACAGUGACUCUAACAAAACAGUGAAGUUUUCUCCAGCUUCAGUGUCGAUAUCAGAAACCUAUUGAACCAUUGCAUUCACAUAUGCAUAGAUGCACAGACACAGAAACACACAUACAUAGACACAGAUACACACAUGCACUGACACAGAUACACACAUACAUAGACAUAGA